UGCUGGCCUUCGAAAUGGGCUCGACUCCUCUGCCUUGAUUACUUUGAUUGUCCCUCCGCAUAUCAACUUUUUUUUUUUAAGAAAAGCCUGUUCGCGAUGACAUUUGGAGGUGAAUUGGCAGUCCAGGUCAGCCCGGUGAUUUCAGAACUGGUUUCUUAUGCAGGCCUACUGGCUUGCAAGUUUCAGUUCCUGUGCAGUACAAUAGACGCACUUGUUUAGUCACGGGAUUGCUAUGAAACAAUCUCAGGAGCGCAACCAGGAGUGCCUGCCUCCGAAGAAGAGGGACCUCCUGGUUAGUAACAGCAGUGGAGCUGCAGGGACUGCAGGAGUUGGCGCUGCAGGGGGUGGUGGUAGUGGUGGCGGCAGUGGAGCUGGCGGUAGUGCUGGUGGUGCUGUUGUAGAAGAUGAAGUGGUUUCCAUCCAGAACUCUGCAACUAACAGUGACACUCGGAGAGGGACCCCGUCUGGAGAGUGGCUGCGAGCUCAGCCAGGGCUUCGUUAUGGAGUGGAUAAUUCUGAUGGCAUACCAGCAGUGCCAGUUGACCAGUACGGUAUGCUCUACAAAGUGGCUCUUCCAUCUGUCACCUACUCGCCUACUAGUCUUCACCCAGUGUUAAGCCACAUCUCGCCAGCGUACACUGUACACUCGUCUCUCCUGCAACAUCCAGGCCUUUCUUAUCCUCCUCUUGGUUAUGCCCAAAUCCCUCAUUCCUCUCUGCAGUUUGUUAGUUCCUCCUAUGCAGCGGUACCGUAUGCCCUACCCCCUGGCUUUGUCCCGGGAUCAUUGAUCUCUCCCUCAGGCACCAUUCCCCAGCCCCAUGCUGUGUCACACCUUGUUCCCUAUCCAUCUAUCAUACAGGAUGGUGUUGUUUCCCCACCUCCCCAGGCCCAUACUUUUGCCAAAGCUGCAGGAUCCAGUGGUGUCCCGCUGAUGCUUUCUUCAGAGCAAGCUGCCCAGCAGCACCUUGGUAAUGUCGGAGUCCUGCCCACAACAGAGCUUAGCUCCCGAGGGCUGCAAGUCUUCUAUCACCCUCAGGGUGCCAGGGCAUCCACUGCCACCAGAGACGCACACAGUGCCCAGCAGGAGAACGAACCAGAGAUGAAUGGAGGCGAUAAAGAGCAGGCAGCCAGGGAGCUUAUGCUCGACUCGGCCUACGCUGCCAGAAAUGCACAUCUGCUGCAGGGAUCAUCCAACUCUUUAGCCCAAGAGUACAGCCAAGACAGAGGCUCGCUUAACCGGAGGCUGGAUGAGAGGAGCUCACCUGGCCAGCGCAGCACUCCAGACAGCGACCUGGAGGUGCAGCAGGUGGUUGGUCGUUUGACUUCCUCUAGCCAUUGUGGAGUGCGAAAAGAGGUCUCCUUUGCCCCCCUGAACCUCUCUCAGGGUUCCCAGAGAGCCAGAGACGUGGAGGGCGCGGGCAUGAUUUCCGGGCGGGCUGCUUUUGCGGCUCAGACUGUGAGUUACAAUGAUCCCAGAGUGACCGGUCUCCAGCAGCAAACGGGACAACCAGGCCACGCUGUCAUGCUUGCCAAUGGACAACCAGUUCUUAUACCCUUAGAAUAUCACCUGCAGCAUCACCCCCAGCCGCCACAGCACUACCUAGGACAGGCUAAUGACGCCUCGGCCAGCCAUGCAUCUCCCACCGUGGCCUCCCCGCACGCAAGCUUCAAGGCCUCUGAUUCUUCAGCCAGAGUGUGCCUCCUUGAAAGGGCAGAGCUGACCACCGCCCAGCAGCAGCUGCCCCAGCAGCCUCCUGUCCAGCCCGCAGCCGAUGUGACUCAGGCUGUAGUGUCCAACCUUGCUCCUGCCGCAGCCCCCACCAACCCAUCACACUUCAUGAAGGGAGCCAUAAUCCAGCUGGCUACUGGGGAGCUGAAGCGCGUGGAGGACCUCCAGACUCAGGACUUUGUGCGGAGCGCUGAGGUGAGUGGGGGGCUGAAGAUUGAUUCCAGUAUGGUAGUGGACAUCCGUGCCAGUCAGCAGAGAGCCGGUCUUGUGUCGCUUCACUUCACGGUGGGGGAGCAGCAGAGCAAAGUGACCAUCGAUGUUCCCCCGGAGCACCCUUUUUUUGUUUUCGGGCAAGGCUGGUCGUCCUGCAACCCUGAGCGCACAGCACAGCUCUACGGCUUGGCCUGCCACCAUCUGCAAGUAGGGGACGUGUGUGUGUCCAUCACCCUGCAGCCGCAGCUUCAGCCGCAGCAGCAGCAGAAACAACCGCAGCUCCAUCAUUCCCAGCAGCAGCAACAAAAACAGCAGAACCCGUCCAGGACUUUGAGCAAAACCAAUGCCGCAUCAAGUCACCAGCUCAUGGGGCCUCCUGCCCCCCAACAGUCACGGCCUCCAUCUCAUUUCAGACCGGACCGCAUUCACAGAGAAAGACAGAGGGAUGGGGAAAAAGAUGUGGUCGACAGGGAAGACGCCACAUACUUUGGGGUUCUUGGGCACUCUGAGUCAUCCAUCAGACCAAGUAGGACCUCAGCAGAGCACCCAAGGAGCCAGAGCAGCUACCACUUGCACACAGAGGGCUCUGCAUUUGCAGCUGCAGGGAUGGGAGCAAUGCAGGCUGCAGCAGGGACUUCUCAUAGGCGCUGGUCCUCCGGCUCACCCGGCCUCCAAAGAUACAGUACAAAGGGAGACGAUGGGCCACGCCCUCAAGUAAGCACCACGGGCCACACGAGGCCCUCAUUCAUCCCCCAGGAGGUGAAACUGUCCAUCGAGGGGCGCUCUAAUGCAGGGAAGUAGCAUCACUUUUUGGUAGCACUAUAGAGGAGACGGCCACGAAGGACAAGAAGACAAAGAGGAAAUCAAGAGUGCGAAUGUAGCCUCAGACUGUUUGAGAUUUUGCACACCUACAAUAUAAAGAAGUUUGAGAUCUCUGGUGAGAUGUUCUGCUUCGGAUCGGUUGUCACUCAGCCAAAGGAUACCCGCCUGUGUUUUUCUGGCCAGCUGAUGUCCAACAGAGUCAUCACAAGCUGAGUAGAAAGUAUGUAGCGGAUGAAAUGCCUACCAUAGUUCUUGCAUUUCUUCUCCUCCCUCCUUCCCACCUUUGUCACCACUUCCUCAUAACCCAUGCUUGACGGUUACUGUCAGAUUCAGAAAAGCCUCCAUCCCUUUUCGGAAGUCGAGCCAUCUCUGAAAGAUGGACUACAAAGAAUGUUUGUGGCACAGCAAAGCUACCGACUGCAGGCUCUUUUAUUUAUAUAUAUAUAUAUAUAUAUAUAUAUAUAAAAAAGAUCCAAGCCGUUGAUCUUUUAUUACCGCCAUUCCUAAGACCCUGUUUCCUUCAAAAGCAUUUGCCCCAAAAAAAGAGAGGAGUUGCUGACCAUCAGCAGCUCGCUUACUGUCCGUGCACGUUACAUUGUGCUUCUCCGGCAGGAGUUUGAAAGCUCUGCAGAGACGUCUCUCCCCUCCUUCCCUUUCAGAAGGCUGCUCUGCAGUGAAUGGGAUCUUCUCUCAGGCCAAGUGUGGCACAUUGCACUUGUCUUACAAUCAAAAUAGUGAUUAUUCAAUCAGUAUGUCUGUUCAUCAAUCAGCGUCAACUAAAAAAAUAACAACCUCACCCUCUGCAAUAGGCCGAGGGCCUGAAUGUGUAAGUGUGUUUUUGUAUGAAUGCCGCAUGUUGGAGCGAUGCUUUGUUCUCUUUGACAACCUGAGAUAUCUUCUAUUCCAGUAACAUCAGUCACCCUUUCUUAC